GGGUGUGGUUUGUAAUAAAAUGGCGUCCAAAGGAGUAACUUGUAAAGUUCUCUGGGACAGUAAAGGGAACCUGUUAGUAGAGUUUGAUAACGUUACAGUAUUGAGUAAGUUUAUAGGAACACCUCCUCUCAUUAAUUCAUAUAUUAAUAUAAUACAAUACAACAGAAUAGACUGUACUGAUGUAUCAAAUGGUUUCUAUCUUGAAGUGUUAAAGUAUUCAACAUUAUUUAUUAAUAAGGAGGAGGAGGAGACAAACAUCACUGAUAAUAAUAAUAAUAAUAGACAAAAUUUGGUUACAGUCACUGGUAUUGUUGUAUCUGUUAGUCCAGUCAAGAGGAACGGUUGCCAUGGUGACAUGAUGUACUUUAUCUCAAUGAAAGAGAACGAGAGAUUACUAUCAAUAAUUAUAACCGCCCCACCUUUAUUCCAUUAUUCUCAGUAUAUCUCAGUUGGUGAUAGAGCCUAUACUAUCACUAGUUUAAAACAUUGUCUGGUUCAUAAAGGAUCAGUAGAGGAGACUAGACUAUUAUCAUCUACUGUACAGUCUCAGUGUAUCCCUCAGUCUGAGAGUAUUAAUGAUAAUACACUACUGACACUCAAGGACUAUGGAGCUAAUCUACUCUCUUAUACUGAAAGGUAUAGAUACAUGGUACUUCUAGGACCUUCCAAAUUCCCUUUUCUCAUUAACAUGAGCUUCUAUUUGACCCCACAAAGCAAGAAAUAUGAUGCAACUCGUGAGAACACCCUGGGAAGAAGAAAUAGCUCAUAAUGCAAAGACACUGGGGAACAUCUAAACUCCUGCAGCCUGAGGUAGAACAUGAGAGUGAUCUUUUUCCAGACCUGGAA